AUGGCGACUAAAUACUCAGACCGCAGCAUUCCCAAAAUCUCCUUACACGACUACGAGACCCGGAUUGACGAAAUCACCCGGGAGCUCGUCGCCGCCGCUGAAACAGACGGCUUCUUUGCGCUGGUGAACCAUGGCAUCUCCUUCGAGGAGAUCGAGGAACAAUUCGAAGCCGCCGCACGCUUCUUUUCCCUACCAGACGAAGUCAAGGCCACAGUUCCCUUCAGCCACAAAAACACGGGCUGGGAGAAGGGAGCACAGAUUCGGCCCAGCACAGGCAAACCCGACCAGAAGGAGAGCUAUCAAAUGCAAUUUGGCGAGGCGAUGGACGGCAUGUGGCUUUCAGAGGAGGCCCUGCCUGGUUUCAAGAAGCAGAGCCUGGGCUUCAUGAUGAAGGUGCAGAAGGUUUCGGAGAAGCUCAUGGUCUGCUUUGCCAGGGGGUUGGGGUUUCCUGACGACUACUUUGUCAAGUACCACGAUGUGACGAAGCCUACUAUCCAGACGGUGUUGCGCGCGCUGCACUACUUUCCUCUUGAUCCAACGGUGCCUACUCCAGAGGGAUACUUUCGCGCAGGAGCGCACGCGGAUUGGGAUCUCCUCACAUUGUUAUUUCAACGACCUGGCCAAAGCGGUCUGGAGAUAUGUCCCGGCCGAGAGGUCUUCACAGCAUUCGGGGCGGGAGAUACGUGGACCAAAGUCGAACCUGCUGCCGGUGAGAUUGUCUGCAAUAUUGGCGAUCUCUUGAUGUCCUGGAGCGACGACCGGUUCAAGUCAACUUUCCACCGCGUCAAGACGCCUACCGACCCCGCCGUCGACUACUUUGGGCCGCGAUACAGUCUGGCGUAUUUCAACCAGCCGAACACAGACUGUAUAAUCCAGGGCCCCUUGAAGAAAUACCCAGUGAUUCAAGGAUGGGAGUUCACCGCGGCGGCGAUGAAGCGAAACUUCGCCGCCCUCGAGGCAAGGAAGGCCAGCAACAAGCUGGAGGAGAGUAAAGUCGGAUUGGUAGCAACUGCCUUCUGA